UAAAAGUGCAAUAUUAAAGCAUAUUUUCGACAAUUAAUUCCUUUUCCUUCAAAGGACUUCAAGUUGAAUAAGGUGUAGCAGCAAGCCAUACGUAAUAUCUUUUAAGAAGAACUCAAAAUUCUUAUAAAACUUGUCAAAACCUGAACAAUUGGCAAAACAAGGUGUAUAAAUAGGAAAAGUUAAUACCAGUUUUAAAGUGGCCCUCAAGUUAAAGAUCAAAAAUGACGAGUAUGUCCACAAUUCUUCAACAGCAGCAACAAAAACAACCCACAGACUACCGGUCGCGUUUGCACAAUGGCGAUGGUGGCCGCAGCAGUCGCAGUAGUAGUGAAAUGAGUAGUGGUGGAGAGUCGCCGCCACAACUAACUGGAUCGGACGCGCUUAACAUGACGAUGGCGGCUACAACCGCAGCAAUGACGAUGCCGCACAAGCCGCAUCAUCAACACAACCAACAACAACACCACAAUCAUCAGCAACAUACAAAUAUAGCUGCGAACUCCUCAUUAUCAACCGCCAAUGCUGCGUUCAACUCGCAACAACAUUCAAAUCAGCAACACCAGCACCCACAUCAGUCGCACCAUCACAAUCAUCACCAGCAACAAAACGACCAUAUUAAGCGGCCAAUGAAUGCGUUCAUGGUCUGGUCACGCGGACAGCGACGCAAAAUGGCGCAGGACAAUCCAAAAAUGCAUAAUUCAGAGAUUUCCAAACGUUUGGGUGCCGAGUGGAAAUUACUUACCGAGGGACAAAAGCGACCAUUCAUCGAUGAAGCAAAGCGUUUACGGUAA